GAACAAUGAUCACACUCUUUAUUGCUCUUUGUCUCUUAACAUCAGUGAAACCUUCUAACAUCAAGGAGAUUCAAGUUAAAAAAAUAAAGAUUGGAGAAGAUGUUACUAUAAAAUGCGGCGUGUCCAGUGACAAAGAUAACAUUGUUUGGUUCAAACAGAGUUUUGGAAAGGUUCCUCAGUUGUUAGGGAGAACAGUGGGGAAAGAUUUCAGACCUAAUGAUAAACGCUUCAGUGUUAGUGAUGUAAAAUUGUUUAAUCUCAACAUUACAAAUGUGACAGAAGAGGAUACAGGAACAUACUUCUGUGUAGAAAUGCUGAACACUUCACCAGACUUUACAUCUGGAACCCUUUUGGUUGUUGAAGAUGAGGAGAGGAAACGAUCUCCUCCAGCUGUAAAGGUGUUGGAGAACGGAGAGUCGCUCACACUCCAGUGUUCAGUACAAGCCAUUACUUCAAGCUGUGAAGAACCGAGCGUGUACUGGUUCAGACACGGCUCAGGAGAAUCUGAUCCAGGAAUCAUUUACACUCAUGGAAACACCAGUGAUGAGUGUAAGAAGAGCUCUGAGGCUGGUUCUCCUCCACAGAGCUGUGUCUACACUCUCCCCAAGAGGAAGCUCACAACCUCUGGUAAAGAAACGCUCUACUGUGCUGUGGCUGAGUGUGGACAAAUCCUCUUCAGGAAUGGAAUUAUACUUUUAUAUCCAGAGAAAAGUGAAAACAACUGGAUUAAUCCCUUAAUAGCCUCCAAUAUAUUCUCUGUUAUCGUAAUCACACUUCUGCUUGGAGUUUUAUAUAAAAAUCACAGAAAAGAUGCUUCAUCAAGCAACCAUCAAAUUCCCACCAAUCAGACUGCUGAUGAUGAUGAUGAUGAUGUCUUGAACUAUGCAGCUGUGAGUUUUGCUAAAAAACCUUCAUCCUCCAGAACAUCCAGAGCCAAAAAUACCCAUGAAGACGUUUACGCUCAAGUUAAAAUUAUAAAGACACGACACACAGUAAUACACCUGGAACUACACACAGAGGUUCACACAGCAGCAAUAAAACAAGUAAUAAUUUGGUUUCCUUUCACUGUCUAUAACAGAAUGUUCCAUAGUGACAACCUCUCACUGUUCAUAAAUCAUACAAUAUUUAUACAAGUUGUAGAUUUAUACAUUGUGUGUAUUUUCAUCAUUCCAGGUGAACAGAAGUGGAUUAAUCCCUUAAUAGCCUCCAAUAUAUUCUCUGUUAUCGUAAUCACACUUCUGCUUGGAGUUUUAUAUAAAAAUCACAGAAAAGAUGCUUCAUCAAGCAACCAUCAAAUUCCCACCAAUCAGACUGCUGCUGCUGAUGAUGUCUUGAACUAUGCAGCUGUGAGUUUUGCUAAAAAACCUUCAUCCUCCAGAACAUCCAGAGCCAAAAAUACCCAUGAAGACGUUUACGCUCAAGUUAAAAUAAAAUAGAGAAAUUAUAUUUUUUACUUUUGUGUAUUUUUUAAUGAGGCCUUCUUCAGGUUUCCUCAGCAUUUUUUUUUAAAUAAUGCAGAUGAUAUUUAAUGUAAAUAUAUACAUAUAUAUUAUUGUUUGAUUUAGAAGGUUAAAUUCUUAAGAAAAUGUUAUUGGUGCACAAUUUAUUUAAACUUUUAUUUCUGUUUUAACUAAAACAUUAACUUUUCCAGAAAUAUUAAGAGCCUGUAAGUGAAAGAGGGCUGAAUAUAAAGAUUCCAACAUUACUGAUGAGAUGUGGCUGUUUAACCUGAAAUUACAUUUCAGACACUGAACAUUAAAUCAGAUUAAAAAUGUAUGUUGAGACCGAUGAUGUGCCAAGAAGUGCUUUAUUUUAAAUGUUUUCAGACUAUUUACAUUAACACAUUUCACAAAUACCACAGUGUAUUUUUUGUGUUCCUAUUUAAGCUAAUUUUAGCAACAUGUUCAUUCCCACAGAUGUCUCUAAAUGACUUCACUGGUUGUAUUAAAAUUUCUGUUUAGUAGAGAAUUAAUAAACAAAUCUUACAGUUCA